GUUUGACAAUAACUAACUGUCAUUUAAUAUACAGUUUUUUGUUUGAAAAAAAAAGUUUAUAUAUAUUUGUUUGUAUUAUAUAAGUUGUUAUCCCAACUAUCCAUCCAUACAUCCAUUGAUUGAUUGAUUUGAUAUACAUUGACAAACAAAACACACACCAGUGAUGUCGUCAAUGAUGGUCAUCGGUGGUGGUGGUGGUGGUGGUGGUGUUGAUAAGCAGCCAUCAUCAUCGGUGGUAGUAGUAGUAGUAGUAGUCGGCACUACUAGAUUGCCGGCACUGGUAGUGUUGUUGUUGGUAUUGUUGUACGGCAUCAUCAGCAUCGGUAAUGCCGAGGAUACCCUACCGGCCAGUACACCACAGGGUGUCAACUGUCCAAUAAGAGACAACAAUGAUAACGUUAGCAGUAUCUAUAUAUAUUUAACUACCACCGACUGCGCUCAGGCUAAAUGGGCAUUGGUGGUGAUUGAUGACUACAAGUUGGGAAAGUGCUGUCAGAAUGUCGAUAUGGUUAUCAUGAGGUUUCAAUUGUCCCGUAAACUGUGUCCCAUUACUUCCGAAACCGAUUUAGUCGUAUCGUACAAUAAAUCCCUGAAUGCAAUGAUGAAUAAUUGUGCCAAAGAAUACAAAGUCGACUACAAUAAGGCCGCAUGCGAUGGCCAGACAGUCAAUUGGGAUGACCAACGUUGCGACUAUUAUAAGCAAAAAAUGGAGAUCCAGGGCCACCCGAGUCAUGAUGGCCAGCCAACUGCUGGUCCGCCAACUGAUGGUCAACCAACUGAUGGCCAACCAACUGAUGGCCAACCAACUGAUGGUCCACCAACUGCUGGCCAACCAACUGCUGGUCCACCAACUGAUGGUCCGCCAACUGCUGGUCCGCCAACUGCUGGUCCGCCAACUGCUGGUCAUCAAACUGGUCCUCCAAGUGGUGGCGGCGGCGGCGUCCAAACAAGUGCUGCUCCGAUCCAGACAACUACCGCUAAAAAUUCCGGUCAAAUGCUUGGCUUUGGCGGCGGCGGCGGCGUCGGCGGUACUUUAGUCGGUAUAUUGAUGACCAACCACUUGUUGUCAUUGUUGUUGUCGAUGAUGACGCUGAUGAUGAUGGGUUACCAUCACUCAUGA